AUGAAACCAGAUACCGAGAUAGAGCAGUGUCAACCAACCUCCAUUAUGGAGCGUCUAGGGACAGAAAUUGGAAUUACAGCGGUGCAGCUCAGCCAUCAUAUUCAACAACUCCACUACCCACUGCCAUCUUUCGAUGUCGGUACUCCAAUCCAGGUGCUUCCAUCUGCUGCCCCUCAAGACGCCCAUGAGCUCCGCCGCAAACUGAAACGGGAUGCACUGGCAUUGUUUCGCCUGGCCAGCGGGCCUAGCGAAUAUGCUGCUCAUUUAUCUAUGAAUCAUCAAUAUACCGUCUGCCUCCGCUAUCUCAGCCAGUUCAAAGUCUUCCAUCUAGUUCCACGGGAAGGAUCAAUCACUCUUUCGGAUCUAGCUGCGACCGCCAAUCUUCCUUUAGACCAACUCACCACCGUUCUCCGGAUGGUAGCCACGAGCGGACUUUUCGAGUUUCAUUCCUCGGAUACUAUCGGGCAUUCGGCGACUUCUUUGCUUCAUGUCGAUAGCCCCCCGUUCGCUGCGUGGACUACCUGCGUAUCACAAUAUGUGUUCAACGCUAGUAGCCAGCUUACAGCAGCGACGGAAUUAUGGGGCAACAGCCGUGAUCCCACCCACAGCCCAUUCAAUCUUGCAUUUAACUCGACAUUGCCGUUUGGGAAGUUCUUGGCUGAUACUCCCUCCAUUGCACGGGACAUGGGUCAGUUUGUUCAGGCCACCGAAAUGGUGGACUCUAAUGAUGUCCGGCACCUCGUGACAGGUUAUGCAUGGGGACAGUUGGAAGACGCUGUCAUUGUUGAUGUCAACAGCGCAAGCCUCGCCAGUAGUAUUGCGCUAGCGGAGGAGUUUCCAUCUCUGUCGUUUGAGGUACAGCCGCAAGAGAAAGCAGUGGCACAGAUUAAUUCCAAGUAUAUGUCUCUGGGUGACGAAUUCCGAUCGCGAAUCACUAUCAUCCAACCGCCAGCAGAUCCGCGAGCAGAUGGUGCGCAAAUGGAAGAAGAAAAAUCAGGUUUAAAAAGAACACAUUCUGGGCCUAAAAUCUUCCUCUUCCGACAUGUUCUUCACAAUCUGCCUGACUUUAUGUGCCAGUCUAUUCUGAAAAGUUUCUUGCCCGCGUUGCAUGCUCAGAAGCCUCAUGGCCGGAUCUUGAUCAUGGAUCUAGUUCUUCCCGAGUACGGCGAGCUCGACCACUACGAAGAAGCCAUGGUGCAAACUAGACAGAUGAUUCAAUUGGAACUUGCUAAUGGUCGGGGACGGAGUAUUAUGGAUUGGGGAAAUUUGGUGCAUCAGGUGGAGAGCGAGAUGGGUCGAUUGGCAGUGCGGAAGGUUUCGAGGCCGCCAGGUAGCGAUUUGUCAAUUCUGGAGAUCGAGGUGGUCUGA